AUGGCCUCCACCACCAACAACACCACCUCGGGCGGCAUCAUCGACACCGUCAAGGACGCUGCCAACUACGUCUCCGAGACCGUCCAGGAGUACACCGCCGGCGCCUCGAAGGAGUCGAACAAGGAGGUCGCCAAGGGCAACACUGGCGCCGGCCUCGGCGACCGUGCCUCGGCUGCGUUCAGCGCUGCCGGCGACAAGAUCGACGAGUCGCAGCACUCGGCCAAGGCUUCGGGCUACAAGGAGUCGGCUAAGCAUUAG